AUGGCCAACCACGACCCCCAGCUCACAAUCCAAACCGCAACCACCACCAGCACCAGCACCAGCACCCAGUCUGCCGGGCCCAACAGACUCCGCCUGCCGCUCUCAACCCUCCGCAGCCUCGACCGCCGAGCCAGCAUCUCAGCCACCAGCACCCCCACCAACCACUCCCCACCGGGCAGCAACCCAGCACCACCCCCACCAGCAACCACCACCACCCAGGAACAGGAACAGGAACAGCAGCUACUACUCCAGAGAAGAGGAUCCGCAUCCGACAUCAACAUCGGACUCAACAGAACCCGCGCACCCUCCCUCGCCGCAAUCCAGGAGCGGAUCGCAAGGAUGAAGCCGGAACUACUCCCACCAGCCGACAAACAGCCCCCAGCAGCAUCCCCCACCACCACCACCACCACCACCACCACCACCACCACUCCCGAGAUCAGCACCGACGCCCCCGGGAAGGAAACCAAGACUGCCGAGCCGCCCCAGGAAACCCCCACCAACCAGCCAGCAGCCAGCGAAAACCCGGCCCCCAAAGACUUGCAUCCGCUCCAGCACUCCUGGACGCUCUACUUCGACACCCGGCUCUCCAAGCGCUCGUCGACCAGCGGCCAUGCCACCGGCGGACAGGCCUACGAGGCCGGCCUCCAGCCCAUCGGAACCUUCCAGUCCGUCGAGCAGUUCUGCAGGUUCUUCAACUGGACCGUCAUCCCCAGCCAGAUGGACAUGAACUCAUCCGUCCAACUCUUCAAGGCCCACAUCAAACCGAUGUGGGAAGAUCCUGCUAACUCAAAGGGUGGCAAAUGGACCAUCACCAUGAAGUCGAAUUCCAACCUGGCCCUGCUCGACAAAUUAUGGACCUACUUGGUCCUCGGCUUGGUCGGCGAACAGAUCGAGACGAGCGCCAGCGGCGGCGCCCAGCAGGACGACGACUUCGUCUGCGGGGCUAUCGUCGCCACUCGCCCCCGGGGAAACAGGAUCCAGAUCUGGGUCAAGGAGAAGGAUAACGUCGAGAAGAUCAACGGGCUCGGCAAGCGGCUGAUCAACGUGCUCGAAAUCAACGACCACUCCGGCGUCUCUGUCGAGUUCACCGCUCAUUCGGGCGGCUCCCAUGGAGCGUCGAGGUUCAUCAGCAUCCAAGGCCAUGCGAACGCGGCGUCCUCGCCCGCAAGCCGGAACAGUGGACAGCAACCGGCGCUCAUCAGGCCGGCGCUAGAGGGGAUGGUGAUGGGUGGGAUGGGCGGAGGGGGCGCGGGGAGCCUGAUGCGACGGUCGACGAGUGCCGAGGUGGGCCGGGCGGGGCCGACGAUGGGCGUGAUCCCUCCCGCGGGGACUACAGGCUUCGGCGGCGCGGCGGACGGGGCAGCCAACUCUCCUCGCUCGACCCGCCGAUCCAGAACGGGGUCUGGCGGCCGAACCCGUCGUCGCCCCCAGUCCGCGCUCACCCUGCCUACCAUGGGCUCGCUUAACUCCGCAGCUGGCGGGCCCCACCCAUCCGCUGCUGCCGCCCUCAACGCCUUCAAACAGAACCCCGCCAAGUCUCGCCAACCCUCCCCCGCGCCUCCUGGCGACUCUUCUGCCGCCGGCCCGGCCGCCAAUCCUGCGGGCUCCACUAGCUUCAAUCGUAAUGUGCGCUAG